AUGUACUUCACCGCCGUAGCCACAACGACAUUCCUCACUCUCAUCCCCAGAGUUCUUUCCCAUGGCCUUAUUACCUCACCCCCCUCGCGUCCCACUGGUCCUACUCUAAACUCUCUCUGUGGUCCUGCCAUCACGCGCACUAUCAACAAUGACAACACCUCGCAUGUCGAAGGUCUCCCCGAACUCCUAGCCGCCCCCUACAGCGCCUCCACCUGCAACCUCUGGCUCUGCAAAGGCCUGCAAUUUUCCGACAAUCCUGCCAAUAAUACACAGGUAUGGUCAGCUGGCCAGGUGGUCCCGCUCAAAGUAUGGAUUCGAAUUCCGCACGAAGGGUCGGCAAACGUGAGUAUCGUGGAUACGAAGCGAAACGAAAUUGUGGGGGAUAUGUUGAAGGUGUGGGAAGAAGGGUAUGCGCCAGGAAAGACCGAGAGCGACGUUCCCAUUGGACAGAGGGAGUUUAGUGUAACGAUUCCCGAGGGAUUAGACGAGAAAUGUGCAGUGGCUGGUGACUGUGUGUUGCAGUGGUGGUGGUAUGGAAAUGCUGCGAGGCAAACCUACGAAUCUUGCGUUGACUUCAAGAUCGCGAAAAUGGGUGCAAAAACAGAUGCUUUUGCUCGAGCGUUCAAGGGAUGA